GAUAUUACAGACGCCAUACGGUUCUCAUUGCUUCUGUUUUCCUUUUUCAUCAAAUGUAAUACCUUUUCACACGAAUGCGAUGAAAACUGUAUUUGUUACUGUCGGGACAACAAGUUUUGAUGAUUUGAUUGUCACUGUGACUUCAAAUGAAUGUGUGAAGGCAUUAAUUGAUCGGGGAUACACAGACCUGGUUCUUCAGGUUGGCAGAGGAUCAGUUGUGCCUGAUCCAGAGAUCUGUUCGGGUCUGACACUUCAAGUGUUUCGUUUCAAAGACUCGAUCUCUGAGGACAUAAGACAAGCAGACCUGAUAAUCAGUCAUGCUGGAGCAGGAAGCUGUUUGGAAGCCCUUGGAGCUAAUAAACCUCUUCUGGUGGUGGUCAAUGACAAAUUAAUGGACAAUCACCAGCUGGAGCUUGCAAAGCAGCUGCAAGCAGAUUCACACCUUAUUUACUGUACCUGCAGCACCCUGUCUCAGACUUUGAAAGAUAUGGACCUCUCUUUAUUGACAACCUACACGCCCGGUGAACCUCAAAACUUUGCCUAUUUUUUAGAUAAAGCCAUUGGACUGGUUUGAGGACUGUGGUCAGCUGUGAUUGAGAUUCAGACACGAGGAUUACACUACGUUAGUGGGAAUACAUGUCAUUCACUCUCCAAUGUGAAAAGCUGUUGUCGAUACUUUGAGGUGUGCUGAUGGUCUGUAUGCUCAGCCAGAAUCGUAUGCAUCUGUGAUAUGUAGGGUGGCCUCUUUUUUGACAUAUAAUAUAAUAAAAUAAUUAUAAUCACCUUAAUUACUCAAUAAAAUU